AUGUAUAAUAGUUUGUAUAUUAUCACCCUGCGCAUCUCUUCCACGCUCUUUCCUGCACGGUGUCGAGUGGAAAGAGGAGCGAGCUGAGCAUUCACUGGAGGCCAUCUGUUCUAUGUUUUUUUCCUCUGUGACCAGCAAUAAAGGGCCCCGUUGAAUAGCAAAUGUGUCGGUCCAUGUGUCCCAAGCAAACACAACGCAGCACGGCCGGUUACCAGAGGGACUGGCGAGGACUAAGAGGACAGCAUAGAGACUCAAAGGCGACCGGUUACACCUGCCCCUGAAAACCGAACCCAAGGAACCACCUGGACUAAUGCGACGCAGAACAGGCAACGUGAAGCAUCGCUGGCAUGAACCUGCUGCCUCCUUUUUACCUGAAGAAUGCGUAAAGAAUGCACCUGCAUCCAGUGAGGCAGCAGGAAACGGCGUCAGGAUGUGGACCACUGCCCUGCUUCACCAACUUCUACUUCCUGCUGCACCUCAUAUCUAUGACUGGAGAACCGAGGACACUGUGGAUGCCAUGCAGCAGCCAAAGAAGGAAAAGCACAAAGUUUAAGCCCACGGAGAUGGAGGAAUUCGUUGUCUUGGAGUUUGACCAGACAUCUCUGAGAAACACAGCCAGCCAUGAACAAGCCGAGCUGUCCCCCUGGUAUGAAGUGGGACCGCCUGGUCCGCAUCUGUAUCUCAAACAGAAUGGAACCACUGACCGCGCCGCCCCUGGUUUUACAUGCCUCUAACACGCCGCACAACUCAGUGCUGGUGCCAGGUUUGGUUCUGUGGAGCGUUGUGGUGCUGGCCAUAGUCGGGUCCAUCUUGGCUCUGGCUCUCUGGUUCAUCAUAUUCAGACGUCAGAGCAGGCUCAGCAGCCCAGCAGGGGAUGCAGAGUCGGCGCCAGAGUCUCCUGCCACAGUCCUGCUGCCACAGCCACAGAGAAACGGCUGGACAGAGAUGUUUCACUUGGUGCCAUCACCCUGUCCUCACCUGUACCUGGGGACCCAAACUGGCUUAACCUGGGAAGAAGGCCUCCCUCUCUGCGGGGCCCCCCUAAAGCCUUCUGGGACAGAGGUGGGCGGAGCAUUGUCUGCAUGCAGCACAGUGACUGAACACAGGAUCCCACUUCCUGCCACAGAGCUGGGCGGCACCGCCUUAGUUACCACUAAAACUGUAUAGAGUGAUGUCGUCGUUCUUACAAAUGUUUAUUCACUGCAUGACCUCUGCACAUGGGACUCGGUGUGGUGGGCUGUCCUCCAGUUCGGGUCCAAAGUCUGGAUUUCUUUCAUUUCUACCAUGUUUUUAUGGAUUUUACAGACUUUUCUCCUGCUGUUUCUAUUUCCCUGCACUGUUAUGUACAAUGGUGUCCAAUAAUACCACUAAGACUGUGUAUAGUGUGGUUGGGCAUUAGAAUUAUUUUUGUGGUUGAAUAACUGAGCCAAUUUGUCAAUUUACUUGAUUAGUCGUGACGUCAUCACCUCCACCCUGCCCAAAAAACAAACUAUACGACCAAUCAGUGCGUUUAGCUGCAACAAAUCCAGUCAUUUUUCAUGUCACCUGCGUUUUGGGUUUUUGCUGCUGAAGCUCAACAUUUCUGUGGCGAUGUUGUGAAUGACUUCAUCCCGCAUAGUGAGCACUCAACUUGGUUGUUCAUUUGGGUAAAACGACGCCACACUUCGCUUCAUUUUUUACUGAAUCUGAAACAUCUCCCAGCUGCUUUGAACCAUGGAUGCAUUAAUGGUGAACUGGAUACAGUGUUGCUCCACAGCGCCCAUCCUAGCACAUACUCCAAAAAACAAUCAUCGGGCUUCCAGAUUCCAGCAAUAAAAAUGACCUGGAUAUGUUCCGUGUGCCUACACAUCUUUGGCACACUUGAGUUGCAGCUCCCGCCAAACAAAUUGGGUGGCUUCCAGUUGACUCCAUGCACCCCUGAAUGGGUUAAGAAAAAUAUCCUGCAGCGAAACUACUUUCCAAAUGGUAUCGGACCCAGUGAAUCAAUUUUUUGUUAGUUUUGGGGCAUUAUGCCUUUAUUAUUAUUAUUUUUAUGGAGUAAGUGGGUUGUGGAGAGGCAAACAGAAGACAGACAGAGGAGAGGACCUGUGACAUAGGUUGGCGGCUGGACUCAAACCACCAACACUGUGCACACUCUGCUUGCGUAUAUGCUGCACUGUAACCAUUUGGUUAUCGGGGUGUCCCCACUGAAUCAGAUUCUGAUGAGUCAUUUGUGAUGCUUGAUAGAAUUUAUUCACUCUUUAACAGCCACUGCUUUUCCAAUGAUUCUCUAUGUGAAAACUGCUCUUUGGGCCAGUGCGUGUCACAUAAUGAAUGCUGACGUUGUAGUCAGGUGGUGUGGCCGCUAUGCCAGGGUUGCAUCGCAGCCUUGGUGAGGGCUUGCUCUCUAGGGAAACUGUGUGUAAUGUAUGGGCAUAGACGGUGUCAAACAUUAGUGCAGCUUCUCUACGGUGUAAAAUUGGCUUCAAAAACUUUCUUUUCUUGUCAGUAUUUAAUGUUGAGCUUUGACUGAGUCAUUAUUUAUGCACAUCCCUAGUGUAUAGCUUAAUGUAACUUACUGCUAAACCACCACAAGAAGAAACAAACUGCUGUCAAUAUGAUGCCCUAUUUCACACAUUUAAUAAAAUAAAACAAAAAUCACCUGAUAACAAGGUAACAUUGUGGACAAAUAUUCUUGAUAAUUUGAAAAUAAUUUUACUGUCUCUGCAGCUUAAAAGACUAUUUACAUGGUAAGUAAAUCUGUGAAAUCUUCAGUG